AUGGAGUCGCCAGGCUCUCGGGGAGGGCCGCUGGCUCAAGCCCGCGCGCCAGCGCCUUGUAAGCCGCGGACCGCCCCGGCCGCGCCGCGCCGCCGCCGCGCGCUGGUUAACCCCAAAAGGGGGUCCAGGGGUCUGGGAUCGGCGCCCAUGCGCGCCGCGGCCGCCCGGGCCGCCGCCGCCCUCGCCGCCGCGCCCGCGCGGGCGCCGGGCGGCGCCGGGCCGCUGCACGGCGCCUGCCGCCCCCGCGGCGGAGCGUCGGGGCGGCUCGCCGCCGACGUCGGCAGCUCGUGGAGCGUCGGGGCGGCGCCCGCCCGAAGGCGCCCUGGCUUCCACCAUGCUCGCGCCGCCUCGUCAGCGCCCCCCGGCAGCGGCGGCGAAACGGCGGCCCCAGUGGACUGCGGCGGGGCAGGCGGGUCUGGAGCCGCCAAGGCUGGUCAGACGCUGGAGGACGCUCUGCGCGAUCAGCUGGCACAGGGCGCCGUGCCGGGCACUCGCAAUGAGGACGCGUACGCGCUGGCAUUCACCUGCUGCGUCUGUGAGGAGCGAAGCGCCAAGCUGAUCUCGAAGCGGGCAUACCACCACGGAGUGGUCCUCGUGAGAUGUCCGUCCUGCAAGAACAACCACCUCAUCGCCGACCAGGAGACUGGGGUGGUUUGA